CACGGACGUAAACACAGCAGCAGAUCCAAGAUGGCGCCUCAGUCCGUGUUCCGAGGGGCUGCGCUCGUGCUGUUCUCGGUGUUUCUCACCGUGCUGCUCGGGCUCGGUCUACCGGCGCUGCUCAACGCGCUCAUGCGGCUGCUCGGCUUCCCGGACAGCAGCGUCACGGAGUGCGUGGUGGUUGUGUACGCGGGGUUCGUGCUGUUCGUCGCGACGCCCCGGAUCCCCCGAGGACUGGAGCAGGUGAGCGGUCGAGCCGUGUUCAUCACUGGCUGUGACAGUGGGUUCGGUCACGCGCUCGCCAAACAUCUGCACAGGCUGGGCUUCACCGUGUUCGCUGGAUGUUUUCUGAAGGAUAAAGGUGGAGAAGGAGCCAAGGAGCUCGAGGAGUUCCACUCCGAUCGCAUGAAGCUCGUCCAGCUGGACGUGUGCAGCGAGGAGCAGGUGAACCAGGCUGUUGAAUUUAUCAAAGAGAACCUGGAGGACUCUGAAAGAGGUCUGUGGGCCGUGGUGAACAACGCCGGCGUGUCAACCUUCGGAGAGGUGGAGUUUACCUCCAUGGACACGUACAAGAAGGUGUCAGAGGUCAACCUGUGGGGAACCAUCAGGGUCACCAAAGCUGUUCUGCCGUUAAUCCGCAGAGCCAAAGGUCGUGUGGUGAACCUGGCCAGCCUGUACGGCAGGAUGGGAAAUGUCAUGCGGUCUCCUUACUGCGUGUCUAAAUACGGCGUGGAGGCCUUUUCGGACUGCCUGCGCUAUGAGAUGAAGUCCUGGGGAGUCAAAGUGUCCAUCGUGGAACCCGGGAACUUCAUCCCGGCCACCAGCAUCCUGACCCGCGACAUCGUGGCCAGCACGGCCAACAAGCUGUGGAGCGAGGCCCCCUCCAUCGUGAAGGACGAUUACGGGAAGGCCCACUUCGAGCAGCACACGGCUCUGAUGCGCUCCUUCUGCAGCAGCGGACUCAAGAGCAUGGCCCCCGUCUUGGACGACAUCACCGACGCCAUCAUGUCCAAGCACCCGUACGCGCGAUACUGUCCCUCAGAGCCCCACUGGUGGAUCAGACUGCAGCUCAUGACCCACCUGCCCACCGCCGUGUCCGACCUUCUCUACUUCUAAAGGAGAGUUUUCUCCGUCUGUCACGUAGUCAGAACACAUAUCGACGAUUCUUCAACUGACUCAGAUCUACAGACUCUGCUUUCUAUUCGUCAGCACCUGAAGUCAUUCACUGAUCAAGCCUUAAAACUUAAUGGUUUCUUUAAACUGUGAGUAAACUAUUGCACUUUUGUUACAUAUACCACAGCUUUAUCUAGACAGAUAUAUUCAGAGAUAAGUAGUAAGUAACUACUUGGUGUUGGGCUAUGAAAAACUUGUACUUUUGCUGUGAUGCUUUCUUUUUAAAAACAAAUAUUUCUGCACUCUUUUAUUUUCUUCCUGAUUCUUGUUAUUGUUUUGCCUUAUGGGAAUCUUCUGGGGAAGCUGGUGGCGCAGCUGAGAAGGCCCCUGCUGUUCUGUUGUGGCUGUGCCCGGAACAGACCAAGGUCAGCUACUGUAAGAGUUUGGGGAGAUUUGGCUCCACUCGCCACCAAAGUUAUGUAACGGCAACACAAGCCCACUUUGUCUCACAUGCUCGUGAGACUUGGACAGUUUGGUUGAAUGAUGUGAUGAAUGGGCUUAAACAAACAGGUUAGCCCCCCCCCUUAACUUCUUCUUGGGGGAAAGGUACUUUUUAUUUGAAAUAAUGUCAAUGAAUAGAGCAUUUUAUUUUUGAAAAUAUUUUAAUCUCAGUAUUACUUUUUAAUAAAUGAUUUUAAAUGAA